AUGUCGAACCCAGAGGACUACACAGUUGGCUGGAUCUCCGCUAUCACCACUGAGGCCCACGACAAUAAUGUGUAUACUCUCGGGAAAAUUAGCCGCUAUAACAUCGUCAUGGCCUCGCUUCCGAAAGUUGAGUACGGCACCACGACAGCGGCAACUGUAGCGAGGGGCAUGCUCUAUAGCUUCCCUAAUAUUCGCAUUGGGUUAAUGGUUGGCAUUGGCGGCGGCGCACCGGGUAAGCAUCACGAUAUACGGCUAGGAGAUAUUGUGGUUAGUAGCAGAAACGGCGACAAAGGCGGCACGAUACAAGACCAGGCUUUUCAGCACACGCAUUUCCUCGACCAGCCACCGACCGUCCUUCGGGCGGCCGUGGGCGCCCCAGAGACUGAGUACGAGGCGGACGGCCACAGCCUCGACGAGCAAAUCAACCAGAUCCUAACGCGGAAGUCUCGUCUUCGGAAAAAGUACUCUUGCCCGCCUUCGGACAAUGAUAAGCUGUUUCGUUCGGACGUUGGGCAUAAGGAUGUGUGUGGCGAGGAUUGUGGAAGCAGCCCCGAGCAUCUACUAAUGAUGGAUGCGCAGGUUCGCGACACGGUAGCUGCUAAGAAAGGCGUCCUCUGUUUCGAGAUGGAGGCGGCUGGUCUGAUGAACCACUUUCCUUGUCUUGUCAUCCGUGGGAUCUGCGAUUACGCUAACUCACACAAGAACAAGGAAUGGCAAGGGUAUGCGGCGAUGGUGGCGGCAGCGUAUGAAAAAGACCUGCUGCGGAAGAUGCCGCCGAAUAAAGUGGAAGCUGAGCGACGGAUCGCAGAUAUCCUUACGUCUGAAGCAGGUUUGGACCACCUACGCCUCACGGGGAACGAAACGCAACACGAGGUUAAGACCCACACGUAUGUAAUGAAGCUACCUUAUUGA